GAGGAGCGGAGGGGCGGCAGACCGUUAUCUGUCAGACCAAUACAGCAGUACAGACAGUUGGCUGGACUUCUUCCGUCACGAACCCUCAGCGCGAUGUUGUUUAGUCCGACCUCUUUGUCCGAGUGUCUUCAGGAAUGGGAGGAUCUCGAAAAGGACUACCAGCAGGUCCAGGAAACCCAUCGUCUGUAUAAACAAAAGCUAGAGGAGGUUUCAAAGCUGCAGGACAGCUGCUCGGCUUCCAUUGCGCGCCAGAAGAAAAGGAUAAAGGAGCUCUCAGAUUCCCUUGAAGAAUGCAGACAGAAGGGGAACCCAGAGGACAGGAGCGCAAUAGAUGGGAUCCUGGAAUCCAUGAAAGAAAGGCCAAGUGUAUUUUUUGAAAUGGAGGCUUUCCUUCCAAAGAAAAACGGGUUAUACCUCAGUCUUGUCCUUGGAAAUGUGAACGUUACACUCCUUGACAAACAGUCAAAAUUUGCCUACAAAGAUGAGUAUGAGAAGUUUAAGCUCUACCUGACCGUGAUUCUUCUACUUUUCUCCUUCACGUGCCGAUUUAUAGUCAGUUAUAGAGUGGUAGACGCACUUUUCAAUUUCCUGUUGGUCUGGUAUUACUGCACCCUGACGAUAAGGGAGAGCAUCCUCAUUAAUAACGGCUCAAAGAUCAAGGGGUGGUGGGUAUUUCAACAUUAUGUCUCAACUUUCCUCUCUGGAGUAAUGCUGACUUGGCCUGAGGGAGAACUCUACCAGAUGUUUAGGAACCAGUUCCUAUCCUACUCCUUGUAUAUAAAUUUUGUCCAGUUUCUUCAAUACUACUACCAGAGUGGCUGUCUAUACCGGCUUCGUGCUCUGGGAGAGCGACACAACAUGGACCUCACAGUUGAGGGCUUUCAGUCCUGGAUGUGGAGGGGCCUGACUUUUCUGUUGCCUUUCCUUUUCCUCGGUCAUUUUUUUCAGCUUUAUAAUGGAAUCACGCUUUUCCAAAUGGCCCAGCUGCCGGAAUGGAAAGAGUGGCAGGUCCUCAUGUGCGCAUCCACCUUUCUCGUGCUGUUCAUGGGGAACUUCUUCACCACGCUGGGUGUAGUUUACCACAAAUACACACAUCAGGACAAAGCAAAAGAUUUAUGAACGUCAAAAAUAAACGCACAGAUGUCAAAGUCACUCCAUGUAAUCACUGGAGUCUGUCCAAAAAAGUGUUUUACAUUAAUGUUUUUUUAAUGCCCUUAUUUGUAUCUGCCUAUAUUUUGUGUGAAGUUGACGUGUGACUCUACUGUAAGUGCUUCCGUUUGCUUCUUCUGAAAGUUUGAAGAGUUUUUUUUUUGUUUAUUGAAGAAUUCACAUUAAAUGUGCAUAUGCCAGCAGAAAUGGUGAAUGUUACCUACAGUCCACAUGAAAAGGGAUGAUAUACGUUUGGUCCAAUAUUUAAUGUGUUUUUCAUACAUUGUUCAUGAGGCUGGAACAUCACUGCAUUCCCAGAGUCAAAAUAAAGACCGCAUAGCAACGUUA